AUGGCAAAACACUUAACAAAUGAAGAAAAAGCACAAAUAAUUGCUUUAUAUGAAGCUAAUGUUGAUAAAAUUGAAAUAUUAAAAAAGUUUAAUAUCAAUAAUUCAACAUUAUUUAGAGUAAUUAAAAGAUAUCAUGAAUAUGGCAAUUUUGACAGAAAACGCGGUUCAGAAAGAGAUGUAUUGUUAAAUGAUCAUGCAGUGAAUUAUUUGAAAUUAAAAGUAAGUAAAAAUCUAAAAAUUGGAUCUAAUAAAUUAAAAGAGGAAAUAAAAGAAGAUUUAAAUUUAAAAGUUUCUAGAAGAACAAUAAGAAGAAAGUUAUCUCAGGUGGAUUUAAAGGGGUAUAAGUCACUGAAAAAACCAUUACUGAGCAAAAUUUAUAUUUUAAAAAGAUUUAAUUUUUCCAAAAAACAUUUAUGGAAAGAUAAUGAUUUUUGGAUAUCAAUAUUGUGGAGUGAUGAAACUAAAAUCAACCUUUUUGACUCUGAUGGCAUGGUUUAUGUUAGAAGACCAAAAGGUGAAAGAUUUAAUGAAAGGUUUAUGACACCAUCUGUUAAACAUGGGAGGAGGAUCAUUAAUGAUUUGGGGUUGUUUCUCAUCAAAAGGUGUUGGUAA